AUGUACGCCAUGUACGCCAUGUACCGCCAUGUACCGCCAAUGUACCACCAUGUACCGCCAUGUACCCGCCAUGUACCGCCAUGUACUGCCAUGUACCAGACACCAGCCAGCCCCCGCCAUGUACCGCCAUGUACCGCCAUGUACCGCCAUGUACCAGACACCAGCCAGCCCCCACCAUGUACCACCAUGUACCGCCAUGUACCGCCAUGUACCGCCAUGUACCGCCAUGUACCAGACACCAGCCAGCCCCCACCAUGUACCACCAUGUACCAGACACCAGCCAGCCCCCACCAUGUACCACCAUGUACCAGACAACCAGCCAGCCCCCGCCAUGUACCGCCAUGUACCGCCAUGUACCGCCAUGUACCAGACACCAGCCAGCCCCCACCAUGUACCACCAUGUACCGCCAUGUACCGCCAUGUACCGCCAUGUACCGCAUGUACCAGACACCAGCCAGCCCCCGCCAUGUACCGCCAUGUACCGCCAUGUACCGCCAUGUACCAGACCAGCCAGCCCCCACCAUGUACACCAUGUACCGCCAGUACCGCCAUGUACCGCCAUGUACCGCCAUGUACCAGACACCAGCCAGCCCCCACCAUGUACCACCAUGUACCAGACACCAGCCACCCACCAUGUACCAGACACCAGUCAGGCCCCACCAUGUACCAGACACCAGUCAGGCCCCACCAUGUACCAGACACCAGUCAGCCCACCAUGUACCCAUGUACCAGACACCAGUCAGCCCCCACCAUGUACCAGACACCAGUCAGGCCCCACCAUGUACCACCAUGUACCAGACACCAGUCAGCCCCCACCAUGUACCAGACACCAGUCAACCCCCACCAUGUACCAGACACCAGCCAGCCCCCCACCAUGUACCAGACACCAGUCAACCCCCACCAUGUACCAGACACCAGUCAGCCACCACCAUGUACCAGACACCAGCCAGCUCUCACCAUGUACCAGACACCAGUCAGCCCCCACCAUGUACCAGACACAAGCCAGCCCCCACCAUGUACCAGACACCAGUCAGCCCCCACCAUGUACCAGACACAAGCCAGCCCCCACCAUGUACCGACACCAGCACCCCCACCAUGUACCAGACACAAGCCAGCCCCCACAGUACCAGACACCAGCCAGCCCCCACCAUGUACCAGACACCAGCCAGCUCUCACCAUGGCCCUGGUCAAAUGUAG